AUGGCGGCGGUGCGGGGGUGCCGAAGGGCGGCCGUGGCGGUCGCUGCGGCGCGGCCUGGCGGGGGCGGCCCGGGACCGGGACCGGGUCCGGGACCGGGUCCUGGUCCUGCCGCGGAACCGGCCCCACAGCCGGUCCCAGAACCGGCCGCCCCCGCCACAGCCGCGCUCUACGUGCACUGGCCCUACUGCCGCAAGCGCUGCUCCUACUGCAACUUCAACACCUACGUGGUGCCGGCGGUGGAUGAGGCGGCCGUGCGCGCCUGCCUGGUGCGGGAGGCACACACCCUGCUGCGCCUCAGCCAGGUGCACAGCAUCACCUCUGUGUUCUUCGGUGGCGGCACCCCCAGCCUGGCCAGCCCUCGCACCAUCGCAGCGGUGCUGGAGGCCGUGGCAGGGGCUGCCCAUCUGCCCGGCAGUGCUGAGGUCACGCUGGAGGCCAACCCCAGCUCCAUGGACACAUCACGGCUCACCGGCUUCAGGGCGGCUGGUGUCAACCGCCUCUCCAUCGGCGUCCAGUCACUGGAUGAUGCCGAGCUGCGGCUACUGGGCCGGGAGCACACGGCGGCGGAGGCGCGGAAGGCCGUGGAGGCAGCACGAGGGCUCUUCCCUGGCCGCACCUCCAUCGACCUCAUGUUCGGGCUGCCGGGGCAGAGCCGGGACGCCUGGGCCCAGGGGCUGGAGGCGGCGCUGGGGCUCUGCGACGACCACAUCUCCCUGUACCAGCUGACGCUGGAGCGGGGCACGGCACUGGCAGCACAGGUCCGGGGGGGGACCCUGCCCUUGCCCCCCCAGGACCUGCUGGCCGACAUGUACCAGACAGCCCGCACUGUGCUGGUGGCCGCCAGCUUCCGCCACUACGAGGUCUCCAAUUUUGCACGCAAGGGUGCCCUCAGCAAGCACAACCUCUCGUACUGGCGGGCUGACCAGUACAUCGGUGUGGGGCCAGGAGCACAUGGGCGCUUCGUGCCACGGGGUGAGGGCAGCUGCAGCCGGGAAGCCCGUGUCCAGACGCCGGAGCCUGUUGCCUGGAUGCGGGAAGUGCAGAGCCAGGGACACGGCACCAGAAGUCGGGUGGUGCUGAGCCUGCUGGAGCAGCUGGAGGAGGUGCUCACCCUGGGACUACGCACAGAUGAGGGUGUCACACACGAGCACUGGGGGCACUUCUCCCCCCAGCUCAGCUUGCAGGCCAUGUUCGGGGUGCCGGGGGAGGCUCAGGCGCUGCAGGAGCAGGGCUGGCUGCUCCUGGACGGCAGUGGUCUGCGGUGCACCUGGGCCGGCCUGGCCGUGCUGGACUCGCUGCUGCCCGACCUGCUGUGCCAGCUCCAGCGGCGCUGGGCACUGCCCGGUGCCCACCGAGGGGGAACCCAGCGGGGGACAGACACAGAUGGACACGGCGGCCAGAAUGUGGGGAGCUUCUGGAAAUCCAGUGGUUUGUUGUGCUGGGUGACUGCAGGGAGGCUGUAUUCUUGCGCUAGCAGCUGGAGCAGGAAGCUUCCCAGGAAUUUGUUGUUCCUCCUGCUCUAUAGGGAGCUCUAUUUAUCUGUAUUUAUCUCAUCUGGAAUAAAGGGCAAGAAGGAAAAGACCUCUGAACAGCCCAGUUCAGCAAUUUCAGAAGAGCCUGAGCCCGAGCCUGAGCCUGAGCCCAAGCCUGAUCCAAAUGUUCUGCAAGGAGAGGAUAUCCAGGCACUUGCAAUUAAGGUGGAGGACCUGCAGAAAGUUCAUGCUCCACGCCUUCCCCAUGAUGCUGGGAGAAUUCCAGUUAGGAAGAAUUACCUCGUUCGAAAAUACCGACCUAAGGAGGUGACAUAUCUUGUAGCACAUCCUGCUUCCCCCAAGGCACCCAGGCAACCACUGACUUUUCCUGGACCAAAAGAGUUUGCUGAUGGCUGCGAAGAGAUUCUCCCUCAUCACAUUUUGGGAAGUGUCCAGGAGUUUAAGAUGGAAGUCUGGGCCAGAAGAAGCACUCGGACAGCAGAUGUUAUUAAGGUUCCUCGUCCAGAUGUUACUGCAGCAGCUUUGAAAGAGAAACAUGGAGGAGAGAAGAAGCAAAAGGCUCCUCAGGCCCAACUAGCAGGGCACAGAGCUCUCCAGAACUGGAGCCAUCAUAUGGCAAUCAGGAAAAAGCAGGAGAAACACCUAGGAGAAAUUCUUCAGAAGCCAGAGAAUGAAUUGAUGAUGAACAUCGCGGAGAAUUACAGGCAAGUCAUGGAAGAAAGGGACCUCAUUGACCGGAGUCUCCCCUACCUCCAUCCUGGAAAGGGAUUCCGAGUAGGAAGCGAGUUCUGGAGCCAGCCCGACCAUAUUGGAGAUGAACUCACCGGCCUGACGCUGACACUGACUCGGACAGAACGUGGGGACCGAGAGCCAAUCACUCAUGUGGGCAAACCCUGCACUGUCCAGAAGGAAACAGCUCUGAAGCCCCCAACAAAGAUUCCUUGCCAUCUAACCUGGGAUAAGAGUCUUUUCCUGAAACAUCGGCGGCAGGAGCUGAAAUCUGUCCUGGAGGAGCUGGGUUUUUAUAAGCCGGAUCUGGAAGGACUGGAGCUGAUUGGUAAAGGGCAGCCGUUCACGUCUGUCUCAGCAGAGGCUUCUCCAUGUUCCGUUUCUCCAUGUUCCACUCCUCCUGAAGAGAUUGACAGUGACUCCUGCAACGUGGCUCCAGAAGAAGAAAAGCAUCUAUCUUUAGUUUUCUGUGGCAAGCCUGCUCGUUGGAUCAAGGGCAUCACUUCUUGCAGGAAUGAAAUUGGUGUUGCUGCCCGGCUCACCUUCGAGACUCUGGCUGGUGAGGAGGCCGAAAGCUUCCUGACGGUGAGCAAUGAUGGCACAGCUGCCAUCUGGUACAGCUGGAUGAGGCUGCCCCAGCAGAUUCCCUCCAGAGAAACCAAGGGGAGGAGGAUGCCAUGUUUUUACUUUGAUACCAGACCAGGUGUAAUUUUGCCUGGAGAAACUCGGAGGUUUCCCUUUCUUUUCAAGUCAAGGAGAGCAGGCAUUUACAGUGAGCCCUGGGAAUUUAGGACACAUCCUCUGUUAUUAGGAGGAGCUCUGCUGCAGGUGACCCUUUGGGGAAUUGCUGUGUAUGAGGAUAAAUUGGCUGACUUCAGAGAGAAUCUGGAGAGUGACCUGGCUGCUCAAGAAGGUGCUGCUAUUGUCAAAGACAAUCUCAGUGAACUUCUUGACCAAGUUCGGACCCCGGAGCGCACCCCAUCUCCUGCCUAUGCCACCGAGGAAGAGUUGUUCCAUAGGAAGAAUCCCGGGUUUUAUUAUCAGUAUCAAGUGGUAAAGCAGCUGCACAAACUAUGGAGACAGUACAUGGCUGUGCCUUCAGCCUUCGAGGAGAAAGUGCCCUCGGACCAGAGGAGCACUGCAGAGGAGGACACGGAGUACCAGGAGAGCACUGUGGAACCUCUCCCUGCUCGGAGCAGCACCAUGGAGCUCCCAGGUGGGAAGAACUCACUGGAGGAGGCUCUGAGGCAAAAGAUGAGCACUGAGGAGGAAGAAGCAGGCCCAUCAGGAUGGAACCUUUCCCUUGACGACUUUAAACAGGCCAUAAUGUCAAUCCCUGGGGAAGAGCAGCGGGAAGAAGCACUGACCCAGCUCAAUAAGGCAGCUCUGGAGCUGUGUGUUGAACGGAGGCCAGUUCAGUCAGACCUUCUGUAUCCACUCUGCCUCCAGCUGUGGCGGGGAGCAGUUGAUGAUAUGGUGAGUCACGCUCUGAGGCUGAGAUCCCUGUAUGGCUUGCUUAAGAAGGACACCUAUGCAGAUGCUGUUCCAGAGGAAACAGAGGAAGUAAAGCAAGGAGGAGAAAAAAAAGGAGGAAAGGAAGACAAAAUAGCCACUAAAAAAGAAGAGAAAAAGGAUAAAGAACGCAAAAAAAGUAGAGCGACACCAGGGAAAGAGAAAGUGGAACAUCAAGGCAGCAGAAAGCUGAAAGCGAAGGAUGAGAAGCGGACACCUUCCAUUGCAUCAGUGAAGGUGAAAGAGGGAGCAGAGCCCCCAAAAGGAAAAGAUGAGAAGUGGGUAUCUGCUGCUUCAUCACUGAAGGAGAAAGAGGGAGCUGUAACUACAGAGGGAGUAGAACCUCCUCAGGAGCAGGUGGACUCUGUUUCAUUUGGAAUAUACCAGGAAAAACUCUAUAUUGAAGUUUACAAGCUGCUGGAUUCAAUGGUGAGUGAAAUGGUGUCUUUAUUUGAGGAUCUAAAGCAAUAACGUGCUCUGCAGUGGGAGAGCUGAAACCCUUUGCAUGUAGAAAUAGCUGUAAAAAAAUAAAUAAAUAUCCCUAUGUACACAGA